UUCCGCCUAGAGCGGGUCGUCACUGGAUGGCACUCACGGACAGUAACCUCGUCUAGUCAGACGUUGGAGUGAGUACCUCUCGGACAUGGUUAAAGGCAGCUUAUCGCUGGUUGAGGACGGCACGAAAAGCACGUGCAUGGGUGGAUCCUGCGCACUGAAGGUCCUGGCCAUCGUGCUCGGGGUGGUCGUUAUCGCCCUCGUCAUCGCCCUCGUCGUUGUCGGGGUCCGCCUCGGUGGGCAGACGUCAGAUGGCGUCGCCAGGAGUAAGGACGGGCGGCAGAUCUGUAUGACCCCCACAUGUGUGGGGACCAGCGCCUACAUCCUGGACAAGAUGAACCAGAGCGUCGACCCCUGCCAGGACAUGUAUCUGUACGCCUGUGGGGGGUGGCUCCAAAAGUCACGGCGACCCCUAGACAAGAACAAGUGGGACACGGCCGACGAACUGGCUGCUAAAAAUAACCAGAUCUUCCAGGAGAUUUUAGAGUCUCCUGGGGUGGACCUUCAGGGUCGAAGUUCAAGCGCCAUUGCUAAGGUCAAGGCCUUGUACAGAUCGUGUAUGAAUGAGUCGAACAUAAAAUCUCAAGGAGUCACUCGACUCUUGCAGAUGAUAGAUCAGAUGGGCUCCUGGACGGUGAGCACUACAGGGCUGACCAAGUGGGUCAACACGACCUGGAGCCUGGAGAACUCCCUGGUAUACCUGCACCAGUACGACAUCAACCCCCUCUUCAAGCUCAACGUCAAGAAAGAUUUCGAGAACAGCACAAAACACGUCCUCUUUCUGAGCCAGUCAGGCGUUUUGCUGACGUUCGCCAUGUACAACAACUCUGCCUACUUCACGGCCCUACUGGACACCUAUGUCCAGCUCGGCCAGCUGUUGGGUGGGACCCAGGCGCAUGUCAGACGGAAGAUGACGGAGGUGGCCGAGUUUGAGAAACGUCUAGCAGGAAUUUUUGAAAAACCAGAAGACCUUAUCAACCCUGCCAGUAUGAACAACAAAUUUUCAGUCAAAGAAUUCCAGAAUAAAAUCGGCCAAUGGAUGAACGUAAAAAACUACCUCAACAAAAGAUUCGAACUCAGGACGUUCAAGGACGAAGACGAGCUGGUAGUGGCGACUAAAUUUUAUUUUGAAAAAUUAAAAUCUAUAAUUGAUAGCACUGAUAAAGAAGUGCUAGCCAACUAUAUGGUGCUACAACUGGUCAUCCACUCGGCCGACUACCUGCCCGACACUUUCUCCGAGGCCAGUCUGGGGCUGCAGCGUGCCAUCUCGGGCGUGGGGGUACUCAGCCCCAGGCACGAGCGGUGCCUCCUCAAAACCCGAACCCACAUGGGGUUCGCCCUCUCCUCGCUCUACGUCCAAGGUCACUUCCGUGCAGACAGCAAGGCCAAGGUCGUCUCGACCUUGGAUGAGAUCCAGAAACAGUUUGUGGCAAACCUUGAUGACGUCACGUGGCUCGAUGACGUCACGAGACAGCGGUUGGUUGAGAAAGGAAACGCCAUCACGCAGAACGUAGGCUACCCAGACUGGAUCCUAGACCCGGUGACCUUGGACGGGUACUACCAGGCUAUUGAGGUCAAGGACGGGGAGUUUCUCUACAACUUUUUUAACGUGUCUUUCAGCGAGGUGGCGAAGGAGAUGGAAAAAUACGGCAAGCCUUACGACAGAUCGGAGUGGCACAAGAGCCCGGAUGAAGUCAACGCCUACUACGACAUGUACAACAACCACAUUGUGGUUCUGGCCGCCAUCUUGCAGCCGCCAUAUUUCACGCUCAGCUACCCUCAGUCUUUCAUCUACGGCACCAUCGGGAUGGUGCUGGGUCAUGAAAUCACACACGGGUUCGACAGCACGGGUCGAAACUUUGACAAAGACGGUAACCUUGGCAACAUUUGGACCGAGGCUUCUGCUCAAGGCUUUGGUCAAAACGCCAACUGCAUGGUCGAUCAGUACAGCAGCUACACUGUACAAGGCCAAAAUCUGCGUGGUACCCUGAACCUCGGUGAGAACAUCGCGGACAAUGGCGGCCUUAAGUUCAGCUACAUGGCCUACAAGACCGCGGUGACGUCACCUGAACAGGCCCUGCCAGGACUAGAACUGACAGAUGACCAGCUGUUUUUUCUUGGCUUUAGUCAGCUGUGGUGUGGUCACUACUCACCUGAAUAUGAGAUCACUUCCAUCCAGACCCAACGUCACACCCACAACCGUUACAGGGUGAUUGGUACCGUGUCUAACAGCCAAGAGUUCUCCAGGGCCUUCAACUGCCCCAGCCACUCGCCCAUGAACCCUGAGAAAAAAUGCCAGGUGUGGUGACCCAGUUCCAUCAGGAGCCAGGUGUGGUGACCCAGUUCCAUCAGGACGUUGCCAGGUGUUUUUAGAGGAGUGUGGCCAGACUUUUUUUGUCGAGACCAUCAACGAUUCAACAUUCCCUACUUAAAGGCUCUAACAAGUAAAACUAUUCAACAAAUCAAACUGUUAAAUAACAUCUUUCUUGAUGCAUAGAGAGUUGACUCUAACACACGCACAAUAAACUGGACUCCCCUCUCCCCCACCCGAAGCAGCAUAGAUUGGUCAGGCCGUCUGUUCAGACAAGUGGCAGCGAACUCUGGCCACCUGGCCACAGAACAGCCAACUCUGGCCACAGAACAGCCAACUCUGGCCACCUGGCCACAGAACAGCCAACUCUGGCCACAGAACAGCCAACUCUGGCCACCUGGCCACAGAACAGCCAACUCUGGCCACAGAACAGCCAACUCUGGCCACAGAACAGCCAACUCUGGCCACAGAACAGCCAACUCUGGCCACAGAACAGCCAACUCUGGCCACCUGGCCACAGAACAGCCAACUCUGGCCACCUGGCCACAGAACAGCGACUUGUGGUACGGCUGGCCAAUACAUCAUCAACGCUCGCUUCUCGUACGUCUGUAAAUAGUUUGAAUGUUUUAUACGCACGUCGUUCAAAUCCACCAUUUGUUCUUGACCAUCUAAAACGUGACCUACUCGUGUCACAUUAGUGACACUCUAUUUUUGUGGUUAUUUCCCUUUAACCGAUGCGAUUUAAUUUGUUAUGUAUUCAUCAUCUUAGUAUUUACGAUAAUUGGCAUUGUAAACAGAUUAAUUAAUAGUAAAGCAAUCUACUUCUGGAAUAGUUGUCAUACAAAGUGCGAAUUUAAAAUUUUGUAAACUUUCUUGACAAAAUUGUAUCAUGGAAACUAGAAAGUUCAAAGAUAAACAGAUAUUGAAAAUAAAUACAGUUCUAAAUAAAAAGCUGUUUAAAAUAAUUUGGAGUUAGGACGAGACGUACGAUUUAAGCCAAAAAAAUAUUAGUGACAAAUUAGUGUCUCCAUAAAUUAAAAGUCGUUGUUGGAAUAUUUUCCUUUUGCUGAAACACAAAUUUUGUUUAAACUUAAACACGACCCAACCUGUAGUGAAAAGGUAAAUGUUUUCUUUCUUUAUUUGUUAGAUUUUAUGCUGUCUUGUUCAGUUUCCAAAAUAUUCUUGUGAUAUUAUCAAAACUGGAUUAUGUUAAAAUAGUCUAUUACUAUGAGAAAAUAAUGUAGAUUCUAAAAAAAAGCGGCUGCUCAUGUUGCGGGUUAAUUCCCUUUAUAUUGUCUACCCUGUAGGGUAGAGAAGAUAUAGUACGUUAAUAAAAUUAAACCAUCAUGCUUGUUGGCUAUAAUUUCUAGUGGGCAUAGUGCUGACUACACCAUCCCUUGUCGAGGUUCAAAAACAUAUGAAGUCUACUUCACCUGCCCAAUGAAUCACUAGGAAUCUUGACUUCUGGAAUAAUCUAAUUGGGCGAAUGGAUCUGUUGUGGAUGUAUGUUUGUGUGAAUGGCUUAUUAUGACUUUUAAACGUAGAUUGUGAAAGUCCGUAUGUGUAUAUAUGUAUGUGUGUAUAUAUAUGUAUGUGUGUGUGUAACUGACCAAUAUAAUUAAACUUGAUUGUGUGUUAGAAGGUGGAUUCUAGUAACGUAACUCUCCUUUAUAUCCACUCUAUCCCAUAUAUCAUCUAUAUACACAAUGUCACUAUAUCCAUGCUAUCCACUAUGUCCAAUGUAUCCAUUCUACCCAAAUACUCUGAGAAACUGGUGUCAUAAAUUAAAUGUUUUGCACUAGUUGAAUGUUAUGUGUGGUUCUUAUAUCAGUUAAAUCAUUUGAAAAGUAUUUGCUUGUAUAUUUGAACACCUAUUUUAUUACUUUGUAUUUAAUAAAAUAUACAAAUGUUG